AAUGGUGGGGUAUGAAGAGGGUAAAGAGAAGGUGAGCAUGGUGGAGAUGAUGAAGGACAAAGGUCCAGUGUGGGAUGAGAUUGUGAGAGAGAGCAAAUUGGUGCCAACCAAGAUGGAGGAGGUUGGAGCUUGGUGGCUUGCAGACAUUGCUUUUGCUUCUCUUUCAUUUCACUCUUAA